AUGUUAACUAAUCCUUUUCAACGAUAUAAUUCACUUGAUACAGCUAUUUUUGCAAUGUCAAAUGUUAAUGAUGAUGACGUACAACAAUUUCAACAGAUAAUACGAGAUCGACGAGUUUCAUCUAUUUCGUUAUUAUUAACAAUAAUCAACGAAUUGAAACAGUCUUUACACGAACGUGAAGAUAUUCAAAAGAAAGCAUUUACUAAAUGGAUUAAUAAUCAAUUAGUUAAUUCACAUUCAACACCACCUAUUACUAAUUUAUUUCAAGAUUUACGUGAUGGUGUUAUUCUACUUCGAUUACUCGAAGUACUCACUGGAAAUGAAUAUAAAAGAGAAAUUGGUAAAAUGCGUGUACACCAUAUCGGUAAUGUUAAUAAAGUAAUAGCUGUACUUGGAGAAUAUGGAAUAAAACUUCUUAGUAUUUCAUCAAAUGAUAUUGUUGAUGGAAAUCCAAAACUAACACUUGCACUUAUAUGGUCAAUAAUUCAAUAUUGGCAAGGUAAAGAUGUAUUAAAAUCAAUUGUACCAAAUCCACAACAAACAAAUGUUGAAAAAUUUCUUCUUUCAUGGUGUCAACAAACAACAAAAGGAUAUAAAGGUGUAGCAAUUAAAGAUUUUACUACAAGUUGGCAAGAUGGUCUUGCUUUUAAUGCACUUAUCCAUAAAUUUCGUCCUGAUUUAUUUGAUUAUGAAGAUAUAUUACAACAUACAGCAGCUAGAAAUCUUGAACAUGCAUUUAGUAUUGCUAAAAAUAUCUUCAAAAUUGAUCGAUAUCUUGAUGUUGAAGAUGUUCUCUCUGAAUAUCCGGACAAAAAGUCAAUAUUGAUGUAUAUUAUGUGUCUUUUUCAACAAAUGCCAAUAAAUAAUAUUGUUAUUGAAGAUAAAGAGAAAAUUGGAACACCGACGAUGAUGAGAUCUAUAAGUAAUAAUAAAUCUAGUUCGAUGGAGACAAAGUCUCCAUCUCCAUCUAUAAGAAGUUCAUCAGUAAUAUCAAAUAUUUCAUCAGUACAAACUCCAACUACACCAGUAACACCAACUGGAUUUCGUAAUUCAUUACAAUCAACUCAAUUGACAACAUAUCAAACAAAUAUGGAUAGAAUUGUUCGUUGGAUUCUUAAAUUAGAAGAUGAACUUGAUAGACAAGAUAAAAUUGUUACAAAUGAUCUUACAAUUGUUAAAGAACAAUUUCAAAAACAUGAAGAUUUUAUGAUAAAUUUAACUAAAGAUCAAAAUCAAAUAGGUCAAGUACUUGAAGAAGGUAAUCGAUUAUUAACAUCAUCAGAUAUUGAUUUACAACCACGAGAAGAAAAUGAAAUAAAAGAACAAAUGAAAAUUCUUAAUCGUCAAUGGGAAUCAUUACGUGCAAAAUCACUUGAACGUCAAUCUACUCUUCAUAAAGCAUUAAUGAAACUUCAAAUUGAACAAAUUGAAUCAUUUGAUUUAUGGUUAUCUAAAGCUGAACAACGUAUAUCAUCACAAUUAGAAAUUAUGGAACAAAAUUUACCCGGUGUUGAACGUCAAUAUCGUCAAUUAGCUCAAUUACAAGAUGAACUUGUUGCACAACAACAAAUGACUGAAUCAUUACAAAAUAUGGUUAUUGUUAUUGAUGAUUCAGCAGCAAAAACUUUAAAUUCAAUAUCAUCAAAAUAUACAUCAGCUGAUGUUGAAGCUAAAUUAUUAAAUUUAAGUGAACGUUGGGCACAUAUAUGUACAUUUGUACAAAAUCGUUGGAUACAAUUACAAGAAGUUAAAAUUCUACUUGAACAAGUUGAAUUAAAUCGUGAAAAAGUUAAUCGAUGGUUAACACGUAGAGAACAUGAAGUUUCUCGAAUGUUAGCAGAAAUAAAUAUGAAUGAUACAGAUGUACUUAUGCAACAAGCUCAUUCAAUUAAGAAAAUCGAACUAGAAAUGGAUGAUAUUCGUCAAUCAAUUCUAGCAUUAGAUAAUAGUUUAAAAGUAUUAAGUACACAUUAUGAUAGUAAAACAUCUAAUGAAUUAAAACAUUUAAAUGAAGAAAUAAAUACAAUUGAAAAACGUUGGACAAAAUUAAUUGAUGAUCUUGAACAAUGUUCAGCACGUUUAAAAAAAUCUUCUAUAAAUAUUGAAACAAUUGUUAGAAAAAAUAGUAAACCAGAAAAUGAUACUAUACAACAAACAAUAAUAACAACAGUUGAAGAAACAACAGUUGAACGAAAAAUUCCAAGUGAUAAUGCAUCUAAACAAGAUUUUGAUUUAUCAGCUAGAAAAUUUAUUGAUUGGAUUGAUAGUAUUGAAAAAAUAUUAGAUGAUAGACAAUUAAAUAAUUUAAAUCGAAAUGAUGUACAAGAAAUUGUUCAAGAAGUCAAAACAAAAUAUUUAUCAUAUGAUGAUCAAUUUAAAAGCUUAGUUCAAACAGGCAAUAUUAUUACAAAACAAUUAAAAGAUGCAAAAGUAGAUUCAACUGAACAUGAAUCAUCAUUAAAGACACUUGAACGACGAUGGCAAGAACUUUAUAAACAAAUAAUUAGUUCUGAACGAACUGCUGAACAAUUAGUACUUGCAUCAAAAUAUGAAGAAGAAUUUCAAACACUUACUAAAGCUAUAAAUGAAUAUAAAAUAUGGAUUGAUUCAGUAUCAUCAACAAGUUCACCAAUAGAAAUACAGGUUAAAUUAAAAAGUUUUCAAUCAUAUAACGAACGUCUUGCAAGUUUACGACGUAUGGCUAAUCGUAUCGAUACAAAAGCUAUCCAACGAACAGAUAAUUUGUUACACACAUGGGAUGAAACACAUUCACGACUACGUGAGCGUAAUAAUCGCGUUGAAUAUAUACAGCAGCCAUCCGGAACUACCGGUUUUGGCGUUACUUCAUCUCAUCGUACAGGCACAUCGACAGCAAUGAUAAGUCCAAUCCCAACAGAUAUGAGUGAACCAUUAUCAUCAGCAACUACUACUGCAUCAAAUAUUGGUUCAAAUGUAAAUGAAAAUGGAAAUGUUUUUACUUUAACGAAUAUUUAUACAUUUGGUGAUCAUGGAAAUACCAAUACGAAUUUAUCAUCAGAUAAAUAUCGUAUAAAAUCUUUUGUUGAAGUAUUUGAUCCAAAAUUAUCAGAACAAAAAACAGAAUUUGAUCGAAACUAUAAUGAAACAUAUACAUCAUCUGUAAAACGACAAAUACACACGAGUUCUAAUGAUAUAAAUGAUUAUGAUUCAACAAAUUUUCAUCAUCAUUAUAAAACAAUAGAUCCAUCUUUAACAACAUAUGUAACAGAUGAUGUUGGAAAUUCGACUACAAUUGAUAAUUUAUCAUCAUUACCAAUGAAUUUUAAUGAUACACAACGUAAAUUACGUCAAUGGCUUGAACAAAUUGAACAAACAUUAUUAAAUGAUAAAGUUCGUUUUGGUGAUUUACAAGCAAUUGAUGCAAAAAAGAAAAUUUAUAAAGAUUUACUUGAUCAAACAUUAGAACGUGAACAUAUAAUGGAAGAAUUAAAUGUAAUUGCAAGAGAAUCUUAUUCAAAAUUACCAAUUGAUAUAAGUCGACGUUUACAAGAAGAAUUAACUAAUUAUCAAGAUCGAUUAUAUGAUAUUAAAAUGUUUUUAAGUGAACGUUUAGCUAAAUAUAAUCGAGUUGAUAAAACAUUAGCUGAUUUUGAAAGAGGUAUUGAUGAAGUUAAAAUUUGGAUACGUAAUGUUCAACCACGUUUGAAUACAACCGAUACUUCAUAUACUGAUUCACGUGCACUUGAAAAUCAACUUGGUCGUAGUCAAGUUCUUCAACAUGAAAUUCGUGAAAUGCAAACAACAAUUAAUCGUUUAAAUAAAGAUGUUGUUGAUUUAACACAAGAUGCUGAUGAAAAUUUAGGUCGACAUUUACGUGAACAAAUGAAAGAAUUAAAUGAAAGUUGGAGUCAUAUUAUAAGUUCAACAAAAAUUUUUUCACAAAAUAUUCAGGAUGCAUUAAAACGUAAUAAAGUUUUACAUGAAGAAAUUCAAGAAUUAGAAGAAUGGAUUAUGGAUAAAGAACAUGAAGCACCUGCUGAUGAUGGACCAAUAUUUUAUCAAGAUCAAAUUCGUGAACGACUUGAGCAAUAUCAAAAACUUCAAACAGAACUUAAUCUUAAAGAAAAUAUUGUACGAAAUUUAGUUCUUCAAGGUCGUCAAGAUUUAUCUGGAGCACCUGAAUUAGCUCAAAGUUUAGAAACACUUGUUUCAAAUUGGUCAAAUUUACAAAAAAAAGUUGAUACAAAAGUUGUUUUUUAUACAGAUAUUUAUACAUUACAUGAAGAAUUAAAAAAUUUACUUCAUCAAGAAAAUGUUUGGCUUGAUACAUUACAAAAUAAAGUUUUUUCAUCAUCGAAUGAUGGUGCUGAUGCAGAAGAAAUUUCUGAAGAACUUGAUACUCUUGAACGUUUUGUUAAAACUCAUUCAAAAAGUAGUCAUGAUAAAAUCUUUGAAAUAUCAGAUCGUCUUCAAGCAACAAAAGUUUCAUUACCAGCAACAAAUAGUCUAAUAAAUCAAUUUCGUAUUCGUUGGGAACAAUUACAUGAUGAUGCUUAUAAAAAAAUUCAUACACUUAAUUCACAAAUAUCCGAUUAUCAACAUAUGGGACAUCAAAUAACAGCAAUGUUUGAAUGGAUGAAACAUACAGAUAAUACACUUCAUGCUAGAUUAAAAGAUGAUGUUUAUGCAGAUGAUGUACCCGGAGAAGCUGAAAAAUUAAUUAUUGAAUUUAAUCAAUAUGAAGCAUUUUUACGUAGUAUAGAUGAUAAAGUACAUGUAUUAAGAAGUACAGGCAAAACUGAAGCUGCUAAAAGACUUGAACAACAAUUAAUUCUUUUAAGAAAUCAAUUUUUACAAUUACAAGCUAAAUUUCGACAUUUUCAAAAACCAUCCGAUUUUGAACCAAAACAUGCAAAAAUGCGUCAAAUUUUAAAUGAUGUUGAACAAAAUAUUCAUAUGCUUGAAAUUCAUUCUGAUGAUCCUGAUAUUAUUCAUAAUCAAUUAGAAACUUGUCUAAAACUUUAUAAAACUUUAUCAGAUAUUAAAUCUGAAGUUGAAUAUGUCAUUCGUACAGGACGUGGAAUUGUUGAAAAAAGACAAAUUGAUGAACCAAAUGAUUUAACAAGACAAAUCGAUAAAUUAAAAACACAAUAUAAUACUCUUGGAGCAAAAGUAUCAGCAUCAAAAGCUCAAUUAGAUAAUGUUGAACGUCAUUUACGUAAAUUUCGUAAAGAAUAUUCACAUAUUCAUGAAUGGUUUGUUAAAGCUGAUAGUGAAAUACGUAAAAUUGAAAAUAAACAAAUAUCAAAAAAUACCAAAGAAGAAAAUGAUUGGAUUCGAACAACACGAAAUGAUAUUAGAAAACUUGAAAAUAAUUUUGAAACAUUAAAAAAUUUAGAACGUACAAUACAAAAAGAAGUUGAUCGACCAUUAACUACAAUUCAUGAUAGAAUCAUAGAAUUAAAACGACAAAUUGAACAAUUAGAUCGACGACUUAAAGAUCGAUCAGAAAUUAUUGAAGGUCAAGUACGUAAAUUAGAAGAUGAUUAUCAAAAAUUUAUUCAUAUUUAUCAAGAAAUAAUUAUACGUUUGGAAAAAUUAGAAUCAUUAUUAUCUGAUGCUGAACGUAUUCUUGAUUUGAAUAGAAUUUCGCAAGUUCAAGAUGAAUUACGUAGUGUUCGAACACAACUUGAUGAAUUACUUAAUCUUGGUCAAGAACUUGUAUCAAAAAGUGAAAAAUAUAGCAAACUUGUUGCACCUGAUAUUGAAAAUAUUACAAGAAAAUUUGAAGAAUUACAACGUCGUAUUCGAAUUAUUCAGGAUACACAAGAAAAACGUUUAAGAGAUCAACAAAUGACAACAACAGCGACAACAACAACAACAACAACAAUACCAGUAGUAGCAACUAAUAUUCAAGAUGAUCAUCGUGAUGAUACACAUCGAGAAUAUUAUUCUGAAAAAAGAUAUAAUCGUAUUCAACGUGAAGCUCGUCAUCGUUCACCAUCAGAAUCAUCGGAUAUAAGUACAACACAUGGUGUUAUUGAUGAAGAAUUUAAAAAGAAAUAUUUACGUUGUUUGGCUUAUAUGAAAUUAAUUGAACGUUUAUAUGAAAAUCAACAAGAAAGUGAUGAAGAUUCUGAAACAAUGCAUCGACGUUUAUCUAGACGAGAACGAACAAUUCGUGAACGUCCAGAAUAUGAAGAAAUAGAAAAAAUUAUACGUGAAACAGAAGAACGUGCUUAUGUUAUUGAAAAAACUGAUGUUGAACAAGCUAAUCGUAUAAGAGAAAAAAUUCGUCGAUUAAGAGAUUGUUUGGAAAAUCUUAAAUAUCGUUCAAAUCAAUAUCAAAAUGCAGAUGAAAUUCAUCGAUAUAAUGAACGAUUUGAAGAACGUGUUCAAACAACAGAUAGAACAGUACCAAGAGAACGGGAAUUCGAUUCCGAUUUUAUUUAUGAUAUUGAUGAUACACGUUCAAUUUUAAGUGAACCAGCACCACAAUAUAGUACAAAAUAUCGUAAAGCCGUUCAUUCACUUGAUCGUUAUAAAACUGAUGAUCAAUCUCGUUAUGUUCCAAUAAAUGAAGAAUAUCAUUUACAACCAUUAUUACGUGUACGUAGUUUAAAAGCAAUUGAUCAUCAUACAAUAAGUGCACCAUCAUCACCUAUAUUACAAACACGUUAUCGUUCUUAUGAACGUCCAAAUGCUUAUUAUAAAAAGCAACAUAUGAAUCAACAAGGAUAUCAUGAUAGUUGUCAUCAUAGUUCAAUAUCAAAAUCUGCUAGUAUGCCAAAUGGUGGUUUUCCUGUACAAGGAUGUGUAGUACAAAAUUAUAUUCCUCAACAACCAGUUAUAUAUCGUGAACGUGUUAUUGAUCGACAUGUAGCUGAACGUAGUGCAUCACGUGGUGAUUCACAUCGACAACAACAUCAACAACAACAACAACAAGAAUCAAGUGGUGCAAUGCAAACAAAAUCAGCUGCUACAUAUGGACAAACACAAACACAAACACAUCAUCGAUCAUUACCUGUUCGUUAUGAAACAACAAAUGGUACUUCAGCUAGUUAUCGACAAGCAAAUGGUUAUAGACAUGAACAAUAUCCGACAUAUUUUUAUAAUGAACAACAAGCAGGAGGAGGAGGCGGAGGAGGAGGACGAUCCAGUAGUUAUCGUCAACAAUCUUAUGGAACUCAUAAUGUUGGACCACAUCCAACACGUAUUGUUUAUUAA